GCGCCGCUGAGAAGUAACGUCUAACAGCCGUGUUUUUUCUCAUUAUUAGUGCUUGAGUAUAUCAUAUAAGUACAAUUGUUCAUUAUACGAACCAUAUUGGAUAAGAUAUGCCGCUUUUGAUUACUUUUACACUCAAAUUUAACCCGUGAGCCGUGUUUUUCGGUUGUUUACUCGCUGCUCGAAAGUGCUCUGCUGUUUUUGGGAUCAUGCUGUUCGUGUAAACAACUCACGAAUCUUAUUAUUAUUAUUAUUUUUUAAAUUCUCCUGCGGAUUCGUAAAGGAGUACUGUUUUAUUUAGACCAAUAAUGAAUCCAUCGAACCCGUUUGGAAGUGCCCAAAGCGGUGCGUUUCAAGCCCCAAGUAACGCCGUCAAACCGGGGCCGUUCCAGCCAGUUUUUGGGCAACAGAGCUCGAGCCAGCCGCAGCAGCAAAACAUGGGCUUCUUCGGGUCUGGAUUCGGACAAACUUCGUCUUCCGGCGUCUUUGGACAUGCCCCUGCGUUCGGUCAACCCGCCGCCACCUCCCAGCCGGUGCUAACGUUCGGGCAAACGUCUUCCGCCCCGCAGCAAGCCCCCGUGUUCGGACAAGGCUCCACCGCCGCCCAGCCACCUCCGGCGUUCGGACAAGCAACUACAACCCCGCUACCAGCUCCGAUGUUCGGGCAAUCCUCCAGCACGACCCCGCAGCAAGCUCCUCCAGCGUUCGGCCCGCAGACUGGUUCUGUUUUCGGAGGCGGCAGUGGACAAAACGCCGCGCAGGGUUCGGUUUUUGGACAGGCGCCGUCUUUUGGAGCCACUUUUGGACAGUCUGGCGGGUUUGGACAGGGGUUUGGUGGACACGCGAGCGCUUUCGGGGCGCAGCAAACCCUGCAAUUUGGGCAAAGUUCCACGUCAAGUUCAGCGCUCAGUUUUGGGCAGCCUGUUUUCGGGCAACCGACCACUACUGCGCCAACUACGAGCAUCUUUGGGGCGUCUUCAUCCAAUGCCAGUCAAAGCACGUCCGAGUUUAGCUUUAAACCAGCAAACGAGGCUGUAUUUAAACCGAUUUUUAGCGCAAGCACCGAAUCCACGACUACAACCACGUCCAAUUCAGCCUUCGGAGGAGGAGCGCAGCCAGCUUUGACAGCAUCCUCGUCCUCAGGUCUUUUUUCAAGCGUCAAACCUGGAACUGGUGGCUUUACUUUUUCCCAGCCCGCCGUCUUACCCGUGGCCCAACAACCCACAGCGUCCACUUCGAGCACUGCGCCCACAACCGCUUUGCAAUUCACAUUUUCGCAGCCUGCAACUCCCAACAAGGCCACUUCAAAUGUCACCCAGCCCACAACCCCGUCGUCCUUCACGUUUACCUCCAAAACUGUCCAGACGCAGUCAAAACCACCGUUUGGACCGAGCAAAUUCGGGCAAACUUUUGGAGAGGCGAAAGACAAAGCAGCGGGCGACAAGGAGAGCAGCGUGGAGCCGACGACGGAGACAAACGUGUUCGCCAGACUCGGCAAAGCGACGAAGCGCAAAGAUGACGCGCCCGGAUCGAGCGUCGGGAAGGAGGUGACCGAGGAGGAGACCGCGGGGGAGACGGACGCACCGAGACAGCCUCCCAAGCGGCCUCUGGUGCGCAGCCGCGGCCCUCCUCCCGGGCUGUUCGGCCGGGCUCUGAGCGGACUGCGCAGGGAGACGUCAGGAGCGCCCAAAAGAGAAGCGAAGGAGCAGGUUUGGGACGGGGCCGAGGGAGGGGAGACGGAGCGGCAGAGGGCAGCCACCCCCCCGACAACCUCAGCACCGCGAGUGGCCAGGGAGACUGCAGAGAGGCCGGAGGGGACAGAGCCGUCCUCCUCCUCUUCCUCCUCCUCCGCGGCGUCGCUCUUCUCCUCUCCGUCCUCUUCCUCCUCGCGUCUCGGAUCUCGCCGGGAAAGCACGGACUCGCUCGGUGGCCUGUCCCCGAACGACUGCACCGCGCUCCACAUCAAACACGUACCCCCCGACCUCAAUGUUAAAAAGGUCCUGGAGAAACACUUCGGCGGCUUCGGCAAAGUGCGGCGCGUCUACUGCAAACCGCAGCAGAACUCCGCCGUUGUGCACUUCGACGACCAUGCGUCAGCCGCGAGAGCGAAGAAGAAGGGACAGUUUCUCCACCAACAUAAACUCAUCCUCCUGUGGCAGAAGAAGAAACAGAGUCCCGGAGAUCCGAGGGCCAGAGGACAGACAGGACAGACAGGACAGCAGCAGCAGGACGCAGGGGGGAAGAGGGACGAGGAGCAGAUCCAAUCCAAAGUGUCGUCUCCUCUGAAGAGACCCGCCCUCAGACCGCCCACCUUCAGCAGCAGCUCUGGGACCUUCAGCUCUCCGGUGAAGAAGUCCCCGAUGGCUCGCUCUCUCCAGUUUGAAGACCCUUCGAGAGAGUCCGGCGCAGAUUCAGAAAUCUCGGACCUGUAUGUGUUUCGCACCGUAGACCGCCUAGAACGCACUGUGGACCGCCUAGAAAGCACCGGAGAGCGCGGCAUAGAACGCACUACAGACCACAUAGAACGCACUGUGGACCGCCCGACGGACCGCCCAGUCCCCUCGUCCCUGCUCCACCUGAUCGGACAGACGGCUGAGACCGCAGAGGAGAAAUACAGACUGCUGGAGCAACGGGACAAGAUACUACGGCAAGGGCGACCGAAGAGGGCGGAUCUGAACCUGUCCAAAGCUUUCGUUGGGACCUGUCCUGACAUGUGUCCAGAGAAGGAGAGAUACAUGAGAGAAACCAGGAACCAGCUGAGCGUCUACGAAGUCCUCCCAAACACGGAGAUGGUGGACCACGGCGCCGCCAUAAAAGAGUACAGCCGCUCCUCCGCAGACCAGGAAGAGCCUCUGCCACACGAGCUCAGGCCGCUCCCGGUCCUGACCCGGACCAUGGACUACAUCGUGACCCAGGUCCUGGACCAGGGCCAACUGCAGGACAACUACAGGGACUGGUACGACUUUGUGUGGAACCGCACCAGAGGCAUACGCAAGGACAUCAUCCAGCAGGACUUGAGUUGCCCCGAUACCGUCGCUCUGAUCGAGAAGUGCACCCGGUUUCACAUUCACUGCGCUCACCAGCUCUGCGAGGAACACCUGUCCGCCUUCGACCCAAAGAUCAACAACGAGAACAUGACCAAGUGCCUCCAGAGCCUCAAGGAAAUGUACCAGGACCUGUCCACCAGAGGAGUCUACUGCCCCCGAGAGGCCGAGUUCAGGCAGUACAAGAUCCUCCUCAAUCUCAACGAGGGCGACAUACUACGGGAGGCGCAGCAGUUACGCCCUGAGGUCCGUAACUCCGUGGAGGUGAAGUUUGCCGUCCAGGCGUUCAGCGCGGUCAGCAACAACAACUUUGUCCGAUUCUUCAAACUGGUCCAGUCCGCGUCCUACCUGUCCAGCUGCCUGCUCCACGGAUACUUCAACCAGGUGCGCUCUCGGGCUCUGAAGACGCUGAACAUGGCGCACACGGUCGGGCCGCGCUCCACCACGUUUCCUCGCGACGACAUCGUCCGGAUGUUGAUGUGAGACGGAGACGAAGCUUCGGCUUUUAUUCAGCAAUACGGACUGAACGUCAGCGAUGGCGUGGUGGAGCUGAGCCGGACCAGUUUCCAGGACCCGGAGCUUCCCAUUUCGUCUCACAGGUCACAGGUCGUCAUGUCCAAACGCAGCGUCCUGAUCGGUGAAGUGGUGAACGGGGGGCCGCUCCCAAAUCCUCCCCAGCACACCCCAGUCUGCAGCUUCGCGACGCGCAGAACAAGUACAGAGACGUCGCCGAGGCAACGCUGUUUAAAGUCGCCACCUCCAGACCUCCAGCUCCAGAGGCCGAGGCGUCGCCGGAGCGCACCCCGGACAGGCGCUCCGUGUUCGGGGCAGUGCGUGCAGUCGGCCCCUCCUCCGUCUUUAGCAGAGGAGACCGGGGAGUCCGCUCGUUUUGUCCCGGCACCAGAGAGGCAGUUCCAGCCGAUCUCACAGCCCUCUCCCCCUCCCCCUGCUCCAGCUCCAGUCAAAGCCCCCACUCCUCCACCUCCCAAACCCGUCUACAGCGAAGAGGAGAUCGAAGCAGAGUUGAAUCGUGUAGUCGAGGAGGUCGUCGACGCUGCAGUGAAGGAAACGGCUGAAGCUGCUGCUCGCUACGCCGCCGCUGCUCUGGAGGUGAGCUCUGAGCAGGUGGAGUCUCUCGUCGCUGAAGUGACCGUGAAUCUUCUGAAGGAGAUUUCUGUGACUGAAAUCAAACUGGAACAAGAUCGAAUCGCAGACGAGAAACGGCGCAUGGAGGAAGCCAGGAGGAAGCAGGAACACGAGGCCUUCCUGGUCGAGUACAGUUUCUCUCUCUGCUCCGAGCUCAUGCGUGAAGUUUUGGACGAGACUAUCAAGAAAACUGCCGCGUCUGAAAUACAGGAGGCGUUGGAUGAGAAAGCCGCCCUAGUGUCUCGCUGCACUGAGGAGGUCUGCUCUGUUUUACUGGAGGAGACGCUGGACUCGGACAUCGCUCUUUUGGUCCAACAAAUCCUGGAUGUGGAGCUGCAGCAAAUACAGAAGUACAUCAAGAGGUGGCGUGACGUGGUGUUCCUGCGGCGUCAGUUGAAGAGGCAGAUGAGGGCGUUCCCGGCCGCUCCGUGUUUCGUGGACCCUCGGUUCAGGGUGCGAGCGUUGGCUCCCAGCACGCCGGGCCACGCCUCCAUCGAGCUGCUGUCCAAAGGCCUGGUGAACCUGGGCCACUCCGGGAACCUGACCGUGUCCUCCAGCAGGUUGUUGAGAAUCAGAGACGAGGUGAUUCACCAGAUGAGAGUCCAGUACUUCUACCAACUCCUGCUUGACGAGGCGUCCUGGGCUCCGUUGGAUCUUCCCGCUUUAGUGAUGCAACAUCUCCAGAACCCGCCUCCAAAAGUCUUCUGGAAAACUCUGCUCCUGCUACCGAGCGAACACGAGACCGGAGCCAGCGUGGCCGACAGGAUCCUUUGUGAUUGGCUGGAGGUGAAGUUGGGGGCGGAGUCAGAGGACUGUUGUCGUGACGGGACCCUUCACAGCCUCAGUGUCUCCAGCUCGGUUCGGGAGAAGGGAGCGAACACUCAAACUCUGCACAUCGGGGUCAAGGUGGGCUCCUGUCUUAAUCGAACCCUCUUUACGGACAGUCUGUGUAAAGCGGAGGAGUGCUCUGAGCUCCAGGGCACCGGGGCGCUCCUGAUGCUGCUCCCGGCCUCGUCCCUCCUCGACCCCCGUCAGAGCGACCCGGACGUGCCCCUCCUCUCAAAACAGCUCCAGCAGGUCUGCACGUGGCACUGCCCUCUGCCCCUCGGGAUCCUGGUGCCCGGGCAGGAGAGGGACGAAGGGCACACGGCGAGACUGGACGAAGCGCUGAUGUUGUCCAAACUGGUUGAAGACGGACUCAUCUCAGAGUACAGCUUUUUCUUCCUCCCAGAAACCACCAGUGACCUACAGGCGACCAAAAAGUUGACCGAUUCCUUGCGUUGGCUUCUUUCCCGCGCUCCUCCCGAGUUCCCGCUCUCCUGCCAAACUCUGGUCGGACUCGUGGAAACCGGAUUGAGUCGGGAUUUCAGCUCCAGGGUCUAUUCCCACAGACGGGAGCGCGCCUCGGCCGGCCUGCCCCCGCCGCGCCCCCUGCCCGUGAUCCGCCUGUACAACGCCGUCCUGGAGCACAUCGCUCAGGGGGUGUCCUCUCCAGAGCUGUGCGGACUGUCGUGGCCGCCGGUGGAGUUUUCCGCGCCGGGGACGAGGGAGUUUGUGCCUCACGUCGGGUGGAACGGCUCCGAGCACCUGAAGUGGAUCAGAGACGCCAUCUUGAGUCUGCAGCUGCCAGAGUGGGACAGUGAGUCUCCUACAGACUCUUGGUCCGAAUUGUGCUCCUCCAUCUUCUCCUACGCGGCGCAGAUCCCGGUGUCGCGUCGCUCUCGGCCUCUCCUCACGUCACGCCUCGAUAACCUGCUGCAGCGAGUCCGGACCAGAGCCCGGACCAGGAGGACCCCCGGAGCCAAGGUCUCGUGGAGCUCGUGGGCCCACACAGAGGAGGAAGAGGAGGAGCAGCAGGAGGACUGUCCAGAGUGGGUCCCCUGGGACGAUGUUCUAGUCGUCUGCAUUGACCACAAACUCAAGGACUGGACACUGCCCGGACCCCCAGUCUGUGAAGACGCUGUGACAGAAGAUGGAGAGAUCCUGGUGUAUUUUCCCUCUGAGGCUCUGAGCUGCUUCACUCCUCCAGACGAGUGGAACGAGGCCGUGAAAGAAACACACAGAGAAAAGCAACAACAACGACAACAACAACGGACGAGCGCGGCUGCCAGGGUCCCUCCUCUCUCUCUUUCCCUGCAGAAGAGACUGUUUUUCAGCCCGAAGGAGCCGGAGCAGCUCCCCGAGUCCGGCCUGGACUUCAGUUACACCCCCACACCAGAGGAGGCGCUGGCACACAGAGUCCUGCAGCAGCUCGAGGAGGAGAAGCAGGAGAGCAAGAGGAUGAUGGAGCAGUUCCAGCGCUGGUCUGAAGGGGGUGCUCUGGAGCAGCUGUGCACGCCUCUGUUUAUGCCCUCGUCCACUCUGCUGACCCUGCCCACGCUGGUGCCGCCCCCUACAGGCAGGACCAGGGAGGCCACGGCAAACGCUCAGGUUCUGGAGCCGGAGGCGGGGUCAGAUUUCCCUAAAACUCCUCGUCCGCCUCUGUCCUGGAGGGUGGAGGAGCUGGAGCGUCGGAUCACGGCGAGUCGAGAGGAGGAGCGAGCGACAAAACUGCAGCUGAGUGAACUGUUAAACAUCGUACAAGACUGACUUUAAACGCUCGAGGACAGAAAGAACUGAUAUUUUUAUUACUGAAGUGGACUAUUUUAAACUUUUUUUCAUAAUGUGACUGUUUAAAGUCUUUUUUUAUUGAAUAACUGUAUUUGAAGUGCAGAGAAAUGUUUGAGACUGUUGAG